CCCUUGCGUGACGUCACGAGAGCGCGACUCCUUCCCGGUGGUUGCUCUGGCAACGCCCUCUCGGGGCUCCGAGGGGGCGGAGCCUAAGGGCACCUGAGCGGUAAGGGGUGGCGUGCAAGAGGAGGAUGUCACCUGGCAGGUGAAACGGCCCUGGGUGGAGCCUGAGGGCGGGGCUCAUAGGCAAAGUUGUCAUUUGCUCCGCCCUACCCCAGGGAUUCUGCCCUUCCCUCCCACCUGAGGGUUCGUUCCUGCCCCAGAAGACCCGGAGGAGGCUGCAAGCUUGGAAGGACAGGGAGUGUGCCGUACUGUGUUUUCCUCCGGAUGGAAGCAUGCUCUUUCCCACAAAAAAUGGUAACCUUGAAGUAUGAUCAUGGAAAAGGGGAUAAGCUCAGUAGAAGUUUUACCCUCAAGAUCCUCUCCUGCUGCUUCAGUCAGAGUGCUGGCGAAAGAACAUGAAACCAAGCAAACUCAGAAAGGGAGACGGGUGGGAUUUGUACUUGUACAUGCCGGUGCAGGGUAUCAUUCGGAAUCCAAAGCCAAAGAAUAUAAGCAUGUGUGUAAACGAGCUUGUCGGAAGGCAAUUGAAAAACUACAAGCUGGUGCCCUCGUAACAGAUGCAGUGACUGCCGCGCUGGUCGAAUUAGAGGAUUCACCGUUUACCAAUGCAGGAAUGGGAUCCAAUCUAAACCUUUUGGGUGAGAUAGAAUGUGACGCUAGUAUUAUGGAUGGAAAAUCGCUAAAUUUUGGAGCAGUUGGAGCACUCAGUGGAAUCAAGAAUCCUGUUUCUGUUGCAAACAGAUUGUUGUGUGAAGGACAGAAAGGAAAACUCUCGGCUGGCAGAAUUCCACCUUGUUUUUUAGUUGGCGAAGGAGCUUUCCGGUGGGCAGUAGAUCAUGGGAUCCCAGCCUGUCCUCCAGGCGUCAUGGCUACACGACUCAGCUUAGCGGCUUUCAAAAGGAACAAGAGGAAACUGGAGUUGGCUGAAAAGGUGGAAACUGAUCUUUUCCAGCUGAAGAAAAGACGACAAUCAAGCGAAAAGGAGAAUGACUCAGGAACGCUGGACACUGUUGGAGCAGUGGUGGUCGACCAAGAGGGAAACGUUGCUGCUGCGGUCUCCAGUGGAGGCUUAGCCUUGAAGCAUCCUGGGAGAGUUGGUCAGGCAGCUCUUUAUGGAUGUGGUUGCUGGGCUGAAAAUACGGGAAUUCAGAAUCCUUAUUCUACAGCUUUUGCUUCUCAUCUGCUUGUGCCUCUGUUCUAA